AUGUCUGCCGUCGACGCUCUGACUGACAACCUGGCUGCGGCCACCAUCAACGAAACUCCCAACACCAACGGCACCACUCCCGCGGCCACGCAGGCCACCGACGCUGCGGCUGCCAGUGCGGAUGAGGGCCGUCGCCUGUACAUUGGGAACCUCGCCUACGCGACCACCGAGGAGGAGCUUAAGGAGUUCUUCAAGGGCUACACCAUCGAGAGCACCUCGAUCCCGGUGAACCCCCGCACCAACCGUCCCGUUGGCUAUGCGUUCGUGGACCUGGCCACUGCGGCCGAAGCUACUGCCGCCAUUGAGGGACUCUCCGGCAAGGAGAUCCUGUCGCGCAAGGUGUCGGUGCAGUUGGCUCGUAAGCCGGAGCCCGCGGAAGCGAAGGAGGGUGCUGCCAGUGGCGGUGAGGGCGCCAGCGGCAACGAGGGUCGCAAGCGGACUGGCGGUCGGGGUCGGGGCCGUGGUCGUGCUCGUGGCCGUGGCGGCCGUAUCGGUCGUGGCCGUGGUGCUCAGGAAGGCCAGGAGACUCCCGAGGCCAGCGUUGCUGAGAAGGCUCCCCUGGCUGAGACCACCAAUGAGAACGAGGCCGCAGAUGCUGAGGGAGCUAAGCAGCAGGGCAAGCCGCGCGCUCGCCCCCAGAAGCAGCGCGGUCCCCCAGAGGAUGGUAUUCCCUCCAAGACCAAGGUCAUGGUUGCUAACCUUCCCUAUGACCUGACCGAAGACAAGCUCAAGGAGAUCUUCGCCGACUACCAGCCCGUUUCCGCCAAGGUGGCUCUGCGCCCGAUCCCCCGUUUCAUGAUCAAGAAGCUGCAGGCACGCAACGAGCGCCGCAAGACCCGCGGCUUCGGCUUUGUCAACCUGGCUUCCGAAGAGCUGCAGACCAAGGCUGUUAACGAGAUGAACGGCAAGGAGAUUGAUGGCCGCACCAUUGCUGUCAAGGUUGCGAUUGACAGCCCUGGCAAGGAGGACGAUGUCAACGCGGCGGCCGACCAGUACGAGGAGGCCAACCCCCCGGCUGAGGAGAACGCCGCUCCUGCUGCUCCCACCGAGACUGCUUAA